ACAGUAUUCUCACCAGAAGAGAGAUGGCAGAAAUCAGUUCUCCUGUAAAUAUCAAGGAAAAGAUCAAUGCAAUCCGAUCAAUUGUUCCGAACAAAAGCAAUAAUGAAAUAGUUUUGGUGUUACAGCAGUUUGAUAACAAUGUAGACAAGGCUGUACAGGCUUUUAUGGAUGGCAGUGCAACUCAGGUUCUAAAAGAAUGGAAUAUGACAGGGAAAAAGAAGAACAAUAGGAGAAAAAGAAGCAAAUCUAAACAGCACCAGGGCAAUAAGGAUCCUAAAAAUAAGAAUGAUGAUGGGCCUGAGAAGGCAUCUCAAGACCCCCAGGGAGUAUAUGGCUGCCAUCUGAAUGGAUGCUCUAAGGACAACUCUUGCAGCGAUUCUGCCCAUGAGAAACUGGAAGCUGCUUCUCUUGAGAACAAAGGCUCAAGAUUUGUAGCAUCAGUGCCGGUCUGUCCAGAAAUCACAGACAAAGAACAUGAACAGCAGAAAGUAUCUGUAGAAUUAAGCCCAAAGACUAUGAAUGGAGUAGAACAACAGAAGCCUCUUCAGUCAACAUUUCAACUCCAGAGUAACCUAGGCAGGCCAAAGUCAAAAUCUUCCUCUGUUAAAUCACCCAAUGCUACAACCCAACCUGAAACAAAGCCAGAUGAUUCAGUCAAAAAAAGAGGGCCAAACAUUGAGAAAUCAGUAAAAGACUUGCAGCGUUGCACUGUUUCUCUAACUAGAUAUCGCAUGAUGAUCAAAGAGGAAGUAGAUAAUUCAGUGAAGAAGAUCAAAGCUGCUUUUGCAGAAUUACACAGUUGCAUCAUAGACAAAGAAGUGUCAUUAAUGGCAGAAAUUGAUAAAGUUAAAGAAGAAGCCAUGGAAAUUCUGACUGCUCGGCAGAAGAAAGCUGAAGAGCUGAAGAGACUGACGGACCUAGCCAGUCAAAUGGCUGAAGCACAACUGUCUGAACUCAGGGCUGAAAUUAAGCACUUUGUGAGUGAACGGAAAUAUGAUGAAGAGCUGGGUAGGUCUGCACGAUUUUCCUGUGACACAGAACAACUGAAGACCCAGAUUCAGCUCUGUGGAGAGAUUUCUCACCCAAAGAACAACUAUUCCUCAAGAACACCGUGUAGUUCAGUGCUGUCUUCAGUGACCUCACAUGCAACAACUGGCAAGCAAAAUACACACACGCGAAAGUCCUCUAGUAAUGCCAAGAACUCUGAUUACAAAACACCCAACACUAAAGUACAAAGUCAUCAUUCUUCCAAUCCUACAGAAUCUUCUUCCCAAGGAAUACCAACAAAUAAGCAGAAUGGGCCUUCUAAUCAGAGACGAAGAUUCAACCCACAGCACCAAAACAUCCGUCUCAAUGGAUCUCUUAAGUCACAAGGUGCCUGUAAUGAGGCAGAUCAGAAUAAUAUAAAAAGUGGUUCCAGGUCUGAACACAGAAGACAGCAGCAUAACAGCUUCAGACCUAAAAAUAAAGGAGCUACGAAAAAUCAAGAGCAGUCCGCAACUGCAAGGACCACAGAGAAUCUGACACAUUCGGAAAAGACACGACGGAAGCAUCAUACAGCAGACACCACAGAUCACAGGCCUUUCCGAGGCAGCACUGGCAGGGUGUCACAAUGCAAUUUAUGCCCUGCAAGGAUGGAGGUUUCUGCUGAUGCCACUGUUCUUUCAGUGCCAGCUGUGACUUUGGUGGCUUAAAAUGUCACAGUGAAGGCAGUCAGAAAAAUUUUAAUCUCUUCAAUUUAGUUUCUUGCUCAAGAUGCUUGUUGGUGAAGAAAAUAAGUAAGAACAUAGUCAUUUUAAAUCUGUUGCUGCUUAAAACUUGUUGGUAUCUUUACUACUUACUAAUUAUUAAAAUCAUACUUCCAAGGCUUUGCCCAAUAUGUUCACCGUUACUUUGUCAUGGCAGUACAGAAUCUUACCAAAGCAGUAUUUACUGCUUAGAAGAAUAAAAUCUAGAUUGGAAAAAUAAAUUGAGAAUUAAUGUCACAAUAGCAAAAGACCUGUUGUAGAUAUGUGGUUAUACCAGUCAACUUUUUUUUUUUUUUGAGCAGUCUCUGUUAGAAGGAUCCCAGGACGGCUGUGUGCUGUGGUCUGCAAUGAAAUCAAAUAAUCUUAUAGAAUUUUUCUGCAAUCUCUAUACACCUUUUUAUUUCUGUGCAUGUAUCUGUGUGCAUGUAUACACACGCAUGCACACUGUAUACACACAGUAUUGCUAUAUACAAAAAAAAUGAAAAAGCAGUACAUUGGAUUUUACCUUAUUAUUCCAUAAACUGACAUCUUUAAAUGUAGCUAUAAAUUGUAUUAAAUGUAUUACAUAUAGGUACUUUUCAUUGGCAAACUAUUUUUAUGAAAAUGCUUAUUUCAUUCAAGAUUAGAUUGUAUAUAGUCAUGGCUAUUCACAUGCACAGCCCUUUUCUCCAUACUUACCAGCCACUUUUCUAUGACUAGUUGAAUUUAUUUUUUGCAUAUGAAAAGUCACAGGUGUUCUAGACUUGAAUCCAAAUUAUUUUUCUAUAUUUUUGCUGUAGGAACCAUCUGUCCAUAAUGAGCUAUGACUAAUAAAUUUGUUACAGCAAUGUGCAGCAGAAUGUGGAGGUACAUAUUUAAGCAGAUAUUACAUCUUUCUGAGUUUUCUAUUAAAAUAAAAAUCUUAGUGUUAAUGUUAUGAUUCUGUAUUUCAGAAAACUUGUUUCUUCAAAAAAAAUUAAAAUCUCCUUUCUAAAAU